AUGACCCGGUACGUACAGCUGGUAUCUGCAUCUGCCAGGGGUCUGCUCUACACAGGGUUCUAUACGUUGUACUUUGACAGUGACAAUCAGCUAAAACUCAUCUAUGAUGGCCCCGAGAUUAGUAGCAUAUAUUGGCCCAACCCUGCCAACAAACUGUGGGUAAAUCAGAGGAGUGCUUACAACCGUAGCCGCUAUGCUGUUCUUCAACAGACAGGCCAGUUUUUCUCGAGUGACAACUCGACAUUUGAAGCUUCUGAUCUUGGUGAAAAGGUCAUGAGGAGGUUGACUCUGGAUUACGAUGGCAACCUUAGGCUGUAUAGCCUAAACGCAACAAGCGGCGAUUGGUCAGUCUCUUGGAUGGCACUCCACCGAGUCUGCGAUAUACAUGGACUCUGUGGCCAAAACAGUCUCUGCAAAUACAUACCAAAGCUCGAGUGCUCUUGCCUCGAAGGCUUCGAGGUGGUUGAUGCAAGCAACUGGAGCAAAGGGUGCAGGCGCAAGGCAAACAUAACAGCCAGCUGGGACGACCGGAGAAGACAUGAGGCAAACAACAUGGCCACUUUUUCGUUCAGUAAGCUCGCACAAACUGACUUUUACCAGCAUGACUUGGAGUACGCAGACUCGGUGCCAUUCUUGCAGUGCAAAGAGGCAUGCUCGGACAAUGUUGAUUGCCAAGCUUUUUCGUACCGACGAGGAGAAGGCAAAUGUUAUCCAAAGGUCUCUCUUCUGAAUGGCAAGAACUUCCCAGACCCUUACAAUGACAUUUAUCUGAAAGUUCCCAAGGGAGUGAUGUCUACGUCAGAAUUGGCUUCUACAGUAACCCACGAAUGCAAAAUUCAUGAAAAAGAAGCAGACACUUCAUCGCGGAUGUUCAAGGGUGCCAUUUCCAAGUUCAAGGUUGGCUACUUCCUUUCUUCAGCAUUAACGCUGCUUUGCAUCGAAGUAGCUUUAGUCAUCGCUGGUUGUUUGGUAGUUUACAAAUGGAAGAUAGGACCAGAGGUUACAGAUGAAGGUUACAUGAUAAUAUCCAGCCAGUUCCGAAUAUUUAGUCACAGUGAGUUACUGAAAGCAACCAAUUGCUUCCAGGAAGAGCUAGGAAGUGGUGGGUCAGGAGCAGUUUACAAAGGAGUCAUUGAUGAUGAAAGGACGGUUGCAGUGAAGAAGCUAAACGAUGUGAUCCAUGGAGAGCAGGAGUUCAGGUCUGAGCUAAGUGUCAUAGGCAGAAUUUAUCAUAUGAAUCUGGUCAGAAUGUGGGGGUUUUCUGUCGAGAAGACGUGCAAGCUCUUGGUUUCUGAGUUCAUCGAGAAUGGUUCUUUAGACAGAGCUCUAUUUGAUUACCAAAGAAUAAUCCCUGUGCUCCAAUGGAACCAAAGGUAUAAUAUUGCACUUGGGGUGGCAAAAGGACUGGCCUAUCUCCACCAUGAGUGCCUUGAAUGGAUAGUGCAUUGUGAUGUCAAACCAGAGAACAUAUUGUUAGAUAAAGACUUUGAGCCCAAGAUUGCAGAUUUUGGACUGGUUAAGCUACAAAAGCGAGGAUCAAGAGCACUGAUGUUGUCAAGGGUACUUGGGACCAGAGGAUAUAUUGCACCGGAAUGGGCUCUAAACCUUCCAAUCACUGGCAAGGCCGAUGUUUACAGCUAUGGAGUAGUUCUUCUUGAGUUAGUGAAGGGGGUUCGGGUUUCUAGUUGGAUGGUCGACGCUGAGGAGGAGGUGGAAAUGGCUGUUAGAUGCUCUACUGAAAUUCUUGAAGAGAAACUAGCAGGCGAAGACCAGUCAUGGCUUCUGGAGUUUGUCGACCACAGACUGGAUGGAGAAUUCAACCAUUCGGAAGCGAUAGUAAUGCUUAAGAUAGCAAUAUCAUGUGUGCAAGAGGAGAGGAGCAGAAGACCGAGCAUGAGCCAUGUGGUCGAAACUCUGCUUUCACUUGUGGAAUAA